AUGGACUUCGCGAGUCAGUUGUCGUCUCUCUCCAGCGUUUCUGCACCACGCCAUGUAGUUUGCGUUAAUCUCUCGCGCAUAGAAAUUCACGGUUUCAGCGAUGCGAGCAAAAAGGGCUACGGCGCUUGCCUGUACGCUAGGUCCACCGAUAAAGACGAAAAGAUCACUGUGCGAUUGAUCUGCUCCAAAUCUACAGUCGCCCCUUUGAAAGAGCAGACCAUUCCCCGUUUAGAAUUAUGCGGAGCCGUGAUCCUUGUAAGACUUCUUUUAGAAACUCUUCCAGCUUUAGAAUUUUCCAUUGACCGGAUCGUUUUAUGGUCCGAUUCCACUAUAGUCUUACAUUGGUUACGGAAAUCCCCGCAAGAUUUGAAGCUAUUCGAAGCUAACAGAGUACGCGAAAUUCAAGAAUUAGGAGAGCGCGCCAGUUGGCGAUACGUCCCUACCCAACACAACCCAGCUGACGCUUUAUCCCGCGGGCAACUCCCGAAAGAAUUCCUGCGAAACGAAACGUGGUUUACCGGGCCUACUUGGCUACGGCAAACGGAGGCUUCAUGGCCCGCGAACAUCGUCGAAUCGUCUCCGGAUAUACCCGGAUUGAAAAAAGGAGUCUGUCUCUUCGUCGACAGUGCUAAGGAUCGCAUGUUCCUAUCGCGUUUUUCUAAGCACCGCAUGAUGCUUAAUGUCGUUGCAAUAUGCUUACGAUGGCUUCCUUCGGGCCGACAGUACCGAGGAGAACCCAUCACGGUCGCGGAGAAACGCGAUGCUGAAACCCGCGUGUUUCGAAGCAUUCAGCAGGACGCGUUUUCCGAUUCAAUUGCAUGCUUGACGAAGGGUAUUCAGGUGAAGGGGUCGCAUAUUGCGGCACUUAACCCGUGUUUGGACGCGAAUGGAGUUGUACGUGUGGGAGGACGUCUGAAGAAUGCAGAUAUCCCUAUAGCUAGUAAGCACCCCAUACUAUUGCCUUCAAGGAAUCAUGUCACGGAUUUGAUCAUCCGUGAAGCUCACGAGUCGAACUACCACUCCGGUGUUCAAAGCACUCUUUUCUAUUUGCGACAACGUUUUUGGUUGAUUGACGCAAAAAAUCAGGUUCGUCAUGUCAUCCGCGAGUGUGUCACGUGUAUUAGACACAAGCCCCCUCCAAUUCACUGCAAGAUGGCAGAUCUCCCGACCGCUAGGGUCACCGAAUCUCACGUUUUUUCUCACGUAGGCGUAGAUUUCUGUGGUCCCCUUUCCAUUAAAGAGAAAAAGCGAUAUAAUCGUACAGCCCUCAAGGCGUAUGGGUGCGUUUUCGUAUGCAUGGCCACAAAAGCGGUGACCAUAGAGAUAACCAGCGAUUUGACCACCGAAGGUUUCCUAGGCGCGUUCGCUAGAUUCGUAGGACGUAGAGGUAUUCCCCAGCAUGUAUACUCCGACAACGGGACCAAUUUCGUUGGGGCCAACAACCAGCUUAGGGAACUUUUCGCACUCCUCAAUUCAGAAGAGUUCAAAUCUAAGGUGAAUGCCAAAGCUCUUUCGUUAGAUAUUCAAUGGCAUUUUAACCCGCCCUUAUCUCCGCAUUUUGGUGGUUUAUGGGAGGCCGCGGUAAAAUCAUUUAAGCAUCAUCUCAAACGCGUAGUGGGUGGGCAACUUCUCACAUUCGAAGAGCUCUAUACUCUCGUGAUAGAGAUAGAAGCAAUUUUAAAUUCUCGACCCCUCUGGUCAAUCUCUGCCGACCCCAAUGACCCAAUAGCGUUAACCCCAGCUCAUAUUCUGAUAGGUAGGCCUAUUACAGUUCUGCCAAGCGCUGAUUUAACAUCUAUUCCAGAUAAUCGACUGUCCAUUUGGAAGUUCAUCACCAAAGCCCGACAGGACUUCUGGAAGCGGUGGCAGUUGGAAUAUCUCCACGAGCUCCAGCAGCGUCAAAAAUGGCAUGACUCUACUGGAGAACUACGGAAAGGAAUGGUCGUCAUCCUCAUCGAUAAAAAUCAGCCUUGUACGCAGUGGCAGCUGGCAGUCGUUCAAGAGGUGCACCCGGGAACCGACGGACUCGCUCGAGUCGCCACCGUUCGAACUUCACGAGGGACUCUGAAGCGGAACAUCACUCAGCUGUGCCCUCUUCCCACGUCUUCAACGGAAGAAGCUGAAUGA